AUGGCGUCGCCGGCGUCGUUGUCUGAGUUGUCCUCUCGUCCAAAGAGGACCUCCCAACCUCAAGUUGACCUCCAGCAAGACAGGCCCGCAAGCAACAAAGAUGGCUCAAAGAGUCCCAGAGAGGGCGACUUGACCCAGUCGCUCCAACACCUGACCAUAUCAACCACCUCAUCGCCGGCAAGGCAGCCCCGCGCCCCUCGGCCUAGCCCCCUCAAGCCCACCUCCUCGUAUGAUUAUCCUUCUGAGAGCUCCCCGCGUCGACCAAGCAGUGCCAUGCGCAGUCCGCUGUCCAACUCUUCCUCCGUCAGAUCACCAUCCAGGGCUGGCACUCCCGCCCUACUAAGAAAAGCCUCGACGAACUCGCUCCGCUCGGUCAACGGUGUAACGCCACUCCGCCGAGCAAGCUCCGCCAGCAUCCUCUCUCCAACCCCAUCGAGGUCCGCCAGAUCACCACUGAGAAGCAUGUCGCCCGAAUUUCCAGAGAAGCCCAUCCUGACCCCGCAAGCCGUCGCGAAUGCCCACUUCAAAGCCGAGCUAGAUGCUCUCCAUGGGCCGGACUGGAACCGCCCGGCCGAGACGGUUGUCAUUCUUCAGGAUGCCUGCUACGGUCACAGAUUCUCGCGACCAAAAACCUCGAAAGCGCAGCUCAGCACCAUUGUCGAACGACCAGAGAGGGUUAAGGCCUGUGUCCUGGGUGUAUCGGCCGCAUAUGUCCGGCUGGGCGAACGACAUCAGGAUGGGGACUUUCCAAUUGCCCCAGAGGCCAACCCGGCGCAGCUGCCCACAAUACCUUUUCGAAUACAGAAAAGCGACAGGCGACUUCCGCUAACCUCCCAGACGGUGACCAAUGUCCACGGUACGAAAUGGAUGGAAGAGCUCAAGAUCAUGUGUGAGACGGCCGAAUCGAAGCUGGCCGUCAACGGAAAAGAGCUCCAGCGACCAGAUAUCGACCGCGGGGCCAACACGGGCGCUCCUCAAAAGCUUCAUGAGGGGGAUCUAUAUCUCUGCGCAGAAACCUUGGAGGCUCUCGAGGGAGCAUUGGGUGGUGUAUGUGAUGCGGUCGAUGCCGUGUUUCGUCCCCAGGGGCCACAACGGGCCUUUGUUGCCAUCCGACCGCCUGGUCACCAUUGCUCUGGCUCCUAUCCGUCAGGGUUCUGCUGGAUAAACAAUGUUCAUGUCGGUAUCAUGCACGCCAUCCUCAGCCACGGUCUGACCCACGCGGCGAUCAUCGAUUUCGACCUUCAUCACGGCGAUGGCUCCCAGUCCAUUGCCUGGCUACAUAAUGCGAGGUCCGCUGGGCUGGGUAAGAAUGCAGCCUGGUGGAAGAAAACAUCAAUCGGGUACUUUAGUUUGCACGACAUCAACUCUUACCCGUGCGAGAUGGGCGAUGAAGACAAGGUUAGGAACGCCAGCAUAUGCAUCGACAACGCGCACGGCCAGAGUAUCUGGAAUGUUCAUUUGCAGCCAUGGAAGACGGAGGCCGACUUUUGGGCAUUGUACGAGUCCAAAUACUCGAUUUUGCUAGACAAGACUCGGGAGUACUUGAGGGUCCAGACCGAGAAACUACGUGCUCAGGGGAUGAAUUCAAGAGCCGCCAUCUUUUUGUCUGCCGGUUUUGACGCCAGCGAGUGGGAAAGCCCCGGCAUGCAACGGCACAACGUCAAUGUCCCGACUGAAUUCUAUGCCCGACUAACCAGAGACGUCGUUAAGAUUGCUGCCGAAGAGGGCACAAGUGUGGAGGGGCGGGUUAUCAGCGUUCUGGAAGGCGGUUACAGCGAUCGGGCUUUGUGCUCGGGGGUACUGAGCCACAUAUGUGGUCUCGCUGGCGAUGGUCCCCGCGCCAAGCAGGAGGUAGCUCCCUCUGGACUUGGUUACGAGAUGGGCCAGAAGCUGGGCACAGUAGAGGCUGUGAAAGGAAACCCACCAAAAGAGGACCGAGCCCGUCAGUACGACCCAUCGUGGUGGUCUGUUCCAGAGCUUGAAGCACUCGAAGCCGCCAUCAGUGCCCCCUCGGUUGAGAUCAGGAAGCCUCGAAAUUUCACUCCGCCCACCUACUCUUCGCCAACACAAGCAUCAGCAGCUAGAGCAGCUGUGCCUCCAAAGAAUACUCGCCGCAGUGUGUCAGGUUUCGGCGUACCAAACAGCCACGGCCAUAAUUACAGGGCGCCUACACCUCCUCCACCUGACGUUGCGUGGACCACAGCAGCUCUCGAACUAAGCAGAUUGCUGAUCCCAUCAGGACGACAGACAAACAGCUGCACUCAUGAGGAGCUUGGCGCAGAGGCAACUCGAGCCCGGCGCGAACGUCAGUUUGCCUUGGCUCAAGGUGCAGAAGAUGCAGAUCCACAGACUAUGCCGGUUGACGUUCCUCCUCCGGUGAUUGUAGAACGAGCGCCCACCAGAAUGUCGUUAAGAGAGCGUAAAACUAGGCCGACGUACUUGGAAGACGAGGACGAUGAUCGCAAAUCACGACGAAAAACAGUCGCCGGACCAGCAGUGCUUGCUACGGAGAAGAAAAGACCACCCCCCAGUCGGCGACUUAGUACUGCGUCGACAACGGUGUCGACAGCGGUGUCGGAGACUGUGGACUUGGCACCGCCACUUCCUACAGCACCGAUACGUGCCGGCUCGAGGUUGGAGCAUGUUAGAUCUGAUUCUGUCGCAAGUGUUCGGACCGAUGCUUCCGGAAUCAAUGUGAGAAAAACUCGGGCCCCAGCCAAGAAGGAGCCUGUCCCCAGAGCCCCAAGAGUUUCCAAGAAACAUGUUGGUGCUCCCGCUGUGGCAGCACCCGAACUUCCAAAGUCCGGUGGCGAGGGUGGUGACGAAGUCGAUAAGCUGGCGAAAGACAUGAAGAAGAUUAAGAUCACUGUUGUGUCCAAGGCGGUGCGUGACGCUCGGGAACGGGAACGAAAUGCGCAAGCCAAACUUGCCGCAACAGAUACCAUCUCUGUGACGGUGCCUACCGAGCCGAACGAAAAUAAACCUCUCCUCUCAGUUCAACCACCGGAAAACCAGACGGUUCCCACCACCCCAUCCGACACGGAGUCCACCUUUAUCUCGAGCCCCCCUGCGUCAGCCGCAGAGAACUACCCUCUGCCUGCUUUAUCAUCACCAGGCCAUUAUCAACCUUCAGAAUCGCCAGCAUCUCCGCUUUACCCGGCUUCUGAAACCUUUUCCAACUCCGCUAUGAGUUCUGUCACUCCCACCUUCUCGAGUCCCGUUCGUGGAGUUUCGCCCCACAGGACUACCUCAACUCCAACCCCGAUGGAUAUGUUCGUCCAUUAUCAUCCUGAUGGCCCUACCCCUGAGUCGAAUGUUCAACAGCAACAGCAACCACUGCAGUGGCUGCCUCCCAACGUGGCCACUCCCGUGUCGGCCAUGGCCCCGAUGAAGAGAGGAGAUUUGCCCGUCUUUAGUAGCACCGGGGCAAUUCCCUUUUCGCCGGGGCCACCUCAGACGCCCGUAUCAUCACCGCCUCCACCCGUCGCUGGGAGGGUGGGAACGCCUGCUGUGAAAAACUCGCCGGUUAGGAAUCUGAUCAAAAAGAUGGAGAACAGAUAG